UCGUAUGAAAAACAGGAAAUCCCAAAACAAAGAUGGCGGCUCAGUGAAAAUGGUGAAAAGUGUUUCAUUGAUGUAUGAAAACUCGCAGAUUUUUGCUGUAAACUGUAUCAAAACAAAAGUUUUAUAAUCGUAUCUACCUACUCGCCAUGUACUUCAUCACGAUAAGUAUCAUUCUGACGGUUUUUCUCAUUUCGCACGCGACAAACGCACAACUCGAAAAGAACCUAAAGCACUAUGAAACGCUGCACGUGAACGAUCUUACGCAUCGGAUCACCAAGCGUGGAGCGAAGCACAGCAACCAUCCGUUCAACACCAUCAAAGAGGUGGAGUUCAGCAUUUUGGGGCGUAACUUCCGCUUGAUACUGCACCCGCACAAAGAUGUCCUGCACAGCAACUUCCGGGCGUACUCUGUGGACGGAAGCGGAGCGGAAUCGGUGGUCCACCUGGAUCACGAUAGUUUCUUCAAGGGGCGGGUUUUCGGAGAAAUGAACUCGCUGGUGAAUGCCCACCUGGAGGAUGGAAUCCUGACCGCAUCGGUGGUACUGCCGGAUGAGACCUACCAUAUCGAACCAAGCUGGAGACAUUUGGGGCACCGGAGCGAUAGGCACAUGAUAGCGUACAGGGCUUCGGAUAUUAAGUUCAGCUGGGAUAACGUCGAGGCCGUUGGUGGGGAAAUGGGUGGGGUGCCGAAAACUUGCGGAUAUGUGAAGGAGGGGCUGGAGCUGGAAGGAGACGAUGGCGAUGAUAAUGAGGAUGACCGGAAAGAGGAGCAAAAAAUGGGGUUUGAUGAAAUGCUAUCGGUUUGGACCGAGGCUACAGAGAGCGAAAGCCAAAGUAAAACCAAGAGACGAAGGCGUCAAGCAGAUCAGUAUGAGUAUACACCGACAAAGACCAGAUGCCCGCUGCUUCUAGUAGCGGACUACAGGUUCUUUCAAGAGAUGGGAGGAAGUAAUACUAAAACCACUAUCAAUUAUUUGAUAAGCUUAAUCGAUCGUGUUCAUAAAAUAUAUAACGAUACCAUUUGGCAGGAUCGCUCGGAUCAGGAGGGUUUCAAGGGGAUGGGCUUCGUUAUCAAGAAGAUUGUUGUUCAUUCGGAACCGACUCGCGUUCGUGGAGGAGAAGCGCACUACAACAUGGUCCGUGAGAAGUGGGAUGUUCGGAAUUUGCUCGAGGUAUUUUCCCGAGAAUACAGUCACAAAGAUUUUUGUCUCGCACACUUGUUCACAGACCUCAAGUUCGAGGGUGGCAUUCUCGGACUAGCGUAUGUCGGGUCGCCCCGACGGAAUUCCGUCGGUGGCAUCUGUACGCCAGAGUAUUUUAAAAACGGUUACACGCUUUACCUCAAUUCGGGGCUGAGCAGCUCGCGCAAUCACUACGGUCAGCGGGUGAUUACCCGGGAGGCGGAUCUGGUGACGGCUCACGAGUUCGGGCACAACUGGGGCUCCGAGCAUGAUCCGGACAUUCCGGAAUGUUCACCCAGUGCCUCCCAAGGGGGCAGCUUUCUGAUGUACACGUACUCGGUUAGUGGCUACGAUGUGAACAACAAAAAGUUUUCGCCCUGUUCGCUGCGCUCGAUUCGCAAGGUUCUGCAGGCCAAAUCGGGUAGGUGUUUCUCGGAGCCGGAGGAGUCCUUCUGUGGGAAUCUGCGGGUGGAAGGCGAUGAACAGUGUGACGCCGGGCUGCUCGGAACGGAGGACAACGACGCAUGCUGCGAUAAGAACUGUAAGUUGCGGAGGAAUCAGGGAGCGGUAUGUAGCGAUAAGAAUUCACCCUGUUGCCAGAAUUGUCAGUACAUGAUGGCAGGGGUGAAAUGUCGGGAAGCGCAGUACGCGACCUGUGAGCAGGAAGCGCGAUGCACCGGCAAUCAUGCCGACUGUCCGAAAAGUCCACCGAUGGGAGAUGGCACGAUGUGUCAGGAAAGGGGCCAGUGUCGGAACGGGAAGUGUAUUCCGUACUGCGAGACACAGGGUCUGCAGAGCUGUAUGUGUGACACAAUGACGGAUGCGUGCAAAAGAUGCUGCCGGCAGAGUAUCAAUGAGACGUGUUUCCCUGUGGAGCCCCCGGACGUCCUGCCGGAUGGAACACCGUGCAUUCAGGGGUUCUGCAAUAAGGGAAUGUGUGAAAAAACGAUUCAGGAUGUGGUCGAACGGUUUUGGGAUAUAAUCGAGGAGAUUAAUAUCAACAAGGUGCUGCGCUUCCUGCGGGACAAUAUUGUCAUGGCAGUGGUGAUGUUGACCGCCCUGUUUUGGAUCCCCGUCAGUUGCAUCAUUUCAUAUUUCGACCGGAAAAAGCGGAAAGAGGACUGGAAGGAGUAUGAGUGGAGCCAGAAGCUGGAUUUGAUUCACCCAAGCGAUCGCCGCAGGGUGAUUCACAUUAGGGUUCCGCGCCAGAAAAUCACCGUCGCUCGUAUGUGAAUCGGAUCAAAACUGUAGAAACACAAAGGAUAAACCACAUCAACGCGAGAAUUUGAAAUAAAUACGAUUAAAGUUUUCUUGGAA